AUGGGCGGCUAUCAACUUCGGGAACAGGACCGCUGGUUACCUAUUGCAAAUGUGGCCAGAUUGAUGAAGAAUACGUUACCGGCUACUGCUAAGGUAUCAAAAGAUGCAAAAGAGUGCAUGCAAGAAUGUGUGAGUGAAUUUAUAUCUUUUAUUACAAGUGAAGCAAGCGAUAAAUGCUUAAUGGAAAAGCGAAAAACUAUUAAUGGAGAAGAUAUCCUUUUCUCUAUGAACAACCUUGGAUUUGAAAAUUACAGUGAAGUCUUGAAGAUAUAUCUUGCAAAAUAUAGGCAACAGCAAGUUCUGAAGCAAGAGAGAGGAGAGCCAAGAAAGAAGAAGAAGAAGUAUUCCAAAACUAGCUCUAAGAAUAACGAUGGAAUGGACAAGCCAAAGACUAAUGGAAAGAAUGCAGCAAAGGUCAAGCAGGAGGCAAAGCAAAAUGGCCUGGAAAGUGAAAUGAAUCAAGAUUGGCGUGAUAUUCCGCAUAGCGAUAUUAAUAAUGAUAAUUCUAUUGCUGGUCAAAAUAAGAGCAAAAGCAUAUCACAAGGGUCUAAUAAAGUGGAAAAAGACAUAGUCACGCAAAAUGCAGGAAUUCAGGAUGGAAAGGAUGAAGCUCAUCACCCCGAAGAACGCGAAAAGGGGGUCCGUAGUGGUAUUGCUACUGGUUACGUUGAUCAAUUAUAUGAGCAAAGUUAUGGCACAGGGGGAUAUGCACAUAACCCAAAUUAUCACAAUUCCAGCUACGGUGGAGGAGUCGACUUGACUAAACUGCCUAUAAAUGCUGCAGAUGAGACUAAUAGUGUGGUGGUCGGAUCAAAAAGUUCCCGUGUUACAUCUCUGGCGGCAUCGUCGGAACAACCAAACAACAAUUCACAAGAGAUGACAUCGUCACAUGCCAUAGCAGCUGAUGAUAGCAGAACAUCGGCACAGUACGGACGAAAGGCUGGUGACAAUGAUAAUAGCAUGUCAGUGCCGUAUAAUAUGGCUCCACAUAUGAAGGCUACGACUACGGCUACCUCAAAUGAUGCAGAACUUUCAUUGAAUUUAAAUGACAAUGUUGCCUCAACUGUGUCAGAGACUGAGGAAUUGGCAGGCCUGACAAAUGGACAUCACGGUGAGAAUGUUUUAUAUCGAUAUCAGGCCGACUUUUGA